AUGUUAAAUUUAGCCAAUAGUUAUAGAGAUGGAAAAGGAGUGGAAAAGAAUUUUGAAAAAAGCUUUCAUUGGUAUCAAAAAGCAUCAGAGAAUGGUUAUACUGAUGCAAUGCUUGUUUCAGCCAUAUGUUAUAAAAAUGGAGAAGGAACAGAAAAGAAUUUAGACAAAGCUUUUCAAUGGUAUCAAAAAGCAGCAGAAAAUGGUAUUAAAAAAGCAAUGACUAAUUUAGCAGCAUUUUAUUAUAGUGGAAUUGGAACAAAAAAGGAUUUAGAAAAAGCUUUUUAUUGGUGUCAAAAAGCAGCAGAAAAUGGUGACAAAGUAGCAAUGUUUAUUUUGGCCAAUAGAUAUUAUAAUGGAGAAAAAACAGAAAAAAAUUUAGAAAAAGCCUUUCAUUGGUGUCAAAAAGCAGCAGAAAAAGAUCAUAUUAAAGCAAUGUUAAAUUUAGCUAUGUGUUAUGAAAAUGGAGAAGGAACAGAACAGAAUUUAGAAAAAGCCUUUCAUUGGUGUCAAAAAGCAGCAGAAAAAGAUCAUAUUAAAGCAAUGUAUAAUUUAGCUAUAUAUUAUGAAAAUGGAGAAGGAACAGAAAAGAAUUUAGAAAAAGCUUUUCAAUGGUAUCAAAAAGCAGCAGAAAAUGAUAAUGAAAAUGCAAUGUUUUGUUUAGCCAGUAUGUAUUAUAAUGGAGAAGGAAUAGAAAAGAAUUUAGAAAAAGCUUUUCAAUGGUACCAAAAAGCAGCAGAAAAUGAUGAUGAAAGUGCAAUGUUUUUGAUAGCUGAUAUGUAUUAUAAUGGAGAAGGAACAGAAAAGAAUUUAGAAAAAGCUCUUCAUUGGUACCAAAAAGCAGCAGAAAAUGGUAUUAAAGAAGCAAUGUUUUAUUUAGCCAAUAUGUAUUAUAGUGGAAAAGGAACAGAUAUAAAUUUAGAAAAAGCUUUUCAAUGGUAUCAAAAAGCAGUAGAAAAUGGUAUUAAAGAAGCAAUAUUUUAUUUAGCCAAUAUGUAUUAUAACGGAAAAGGAACAGAGAAGAAUUUAAAAAGGGCUUUUCAUUGGUUUCAAAAGGCAGCAGAAAAUGGUAUGGAAGAAGCAAUAUAUGUUUUAGCCAUGUGUUGUGCAGAUGGAGAAGGAACAGAUAUAAAUUUAGAAAAAGCUUUUUAUUGGUAUCAAAAAGCAGCAGAAAAUGGUAACAAUGAGGCAAUGUUUAAUUUAGCUACAUAUUAUAAAGAUGGAAAAGGAACAGAUAUGAAUUUAGAAAAAGCCUUUUAUUGGUAUCAAAAAGCAGCAGAAAGUGGUAUUAAUGAGGCAAUGAAUAAUUUAGCAGCAUAUUAUUAUAGUGGAAUUGGAACAAAAAAAAAUUUAGAAAAAGCUCUUCAUUGGUACCAAAAAGCGGCAGAAAAUGGUAAUGAAAUUGCAAUGUUUAAAUUAGCUAUGUAUUAUGAAAAUGGAGAAGGAGUAGAAAAGAAUUUAGAAAAAACUUUUUAUUGGUAUCAAAAAGCGGCAGAAAAUGGUAUUAAAGAAGCAAUGUUUAAUUUAGCCAUAUGUUAUGAUAUUGGUAAAGGAAUAGAAAAGAAUAUAGAAAAAGCCUUUCAUUGGUACCAAAAAGCAACAGGAGAAAAUGGUAUUAAAGAAGCAAUGCUUAAUUUAGCUUAUUGUUAUUAUAAUGGAGAAGGAACAGAAAAGAAUUUAGAAAAAGCCUUUUAUUGGUAUCAAAGAUCAGCAGAAAAUG